CAGUUUAUUUUUGUUUUCCCGGCGGAAUCGGUCGCAGCCUCGCAGAAGUUGAGAAUUUCUCGUGAAAUUUAGGAUUAUUUCAUAAGGAACGAAGCAUUUUAGGCAAUUAAUCAGCAUCAAAAAGUGCAAAAGGAUCCAACAAAAUUGCCGGAAGGAGGGAGCUUUCAUUCUAGUCAUCAGCGAUGGUGAAUGUUAUGAAAGGCGUUCUUGUUGAAUGUGACCCGGCUAUGAAACAGUUCCUGCUACAUCUGGACGAAACUCAAUCCCUAGGACGCAAAUUCAUCAUUCAGGAUCUGGACGAACGGCACCUGUUCAUCUCGACCGAUAUCAUUGAAACUCUACAAGCCCGGGUCGACGAUUUGAUGGACCGUAUCAGCGUGUCCUUGCACGAAAAGGAAGCCUAAGCAGGCGUGAUAGCUGGUUAGCAGUAGAGCAGUGCUCUUCAUAAGAUUUAUCGCAGUAGGCUUAAGUUAACAAUAACAGAACAGAAUAAUGGCAUCGAGGGAGUCCGGUCGGAUCCGUGAGGCGGACAAAAAACGUGUCCUGGAUGAUGCCUCCCGAAAGCGCCGCGCCCGCAAGGCCCUGGAAGCGCUCGAGCAGGACAACUAUCACGAAGAUCCACACGCCGAUUUGGU